GCCGAGAGAUGGAUACACUAGAAUUUGAGAAUGAACCACAGUUUAUGAUCUUGGGAAAUUCCUUUACACUUUCCAAUUUUAUUUCCAUAUUUCUAUGCAUUGGUGUGUGCGAAAGGAUGCAACAAGAGAUGACAACAACUGCAAAGAUUCUGCACGAAUUUCCCGUUCAUCAAACUGACGAUCGUCUCAAGGAGAGCAUCAGUCGAUUUUCCCUGCAAAUCCUCCAGGAAAGACGCCCGAUUUCCGUCUGCGGAAUGUUCAAUGUGGACAACACGCUACUCUACUCCAUGAUCUCAUCGAUGACCAGCUAUUUGAUACUAUUAAUACAGUUUCAACUGCAAGGAGUUGGAAAAUGAAUUACAUAAUAAAUUGUUCAUUUAUGCAACUU